GUUGCAGUUUUUCGCAGCCUCUGCACCGAUUUUUAAAAACGGUUGCAACAUUUAUUUCAUACCUAGUUGGUAUUCGGCCAGCAGCUUUCUCAGCUCGCCAUGGCUCUGUGCGGGGGUGUCGGAGCCAUGGCUUUGCCUAGCGAGCUUAUCGUCCACAUAUUUUCCUUUCUGUCCGACCGAGACAAGCUCCGGGCCUCGGCCGUGUGUUCACGAUGGAGGGAGUGUCUCUUCUACCCAGCGCUGUGGACCGAACUCAAAUUGCGGAUAGGUGGUGGUUGUAACGGCGGCGGCUCCAGCUCCGAGGAGACCCCGAGGCUGGAGUUCCUCAUGCGUAAAUUCGGUUCUUUCGUGCGGGAGCUGCAACUGGAACUCGCACCGGUGGAAGGCUGCCUCAGUCCGCUCAACAACAACAACCCGUCGUCCACCAGGAUGGACCAGCCCGAUAGCGACCCGCAGCUCUCCCAGCGAUGGAGAGACGCCAUGGCCACCUACUUGGACCAGGUGUUGUGUGUGUUCUCCAGCAUCCGCAACAACAGAAACCUGCGGAAGCUGAGUCUGUAUGGAGACACAUGUGUUCUCCAGCAGGAGGGACUAUUGGACAGCUCCCACCUGCACCAAAUUCACCAGGGGGACAAAAAGAUCAAUGAAGUCCAGCAGUUGUUCAUGGAGUUGUUGUCUAACAGCAGGCAGCUCCGGUGGUUGUCCUGUAGUUUCAUGCUGGGUCUGGUGACUCCCUGUUCCUUGGCCUGCCUGUCAAAUCCUUCAGCCGAGACCCUGCAGCACCUCAGUUUACUGGACCACCAGCUGGGUCCCCUCAUCUCGCCAUCCGAGUUGGAUCGUCUAUCUAAUCUUCAUUCUCUGGCUCUGGAUUUCUCUGAUUUCACAUCUGAGCUUUGUGGUCUGCUGGCAUCUCCACGCCGUACUCCACUGCAUCGCAUCUCCCUGCUGCUCAAUGGCGCCGCCCUGGAGUUCAAACCAUUAGAAGGGACCGCUACAGAGGACGAUUGGAAGGCACUGAUUCGUGUUAGUGCCAACCUGCGAGUGUACGUCAUGGCCCUGGAGAUCAACAGCUCAGAGCUCCUUGGGGUCCUAAAGCCUAGCCUCCCUCUGGAGCGCCUCCACCUCGACAGUUACAGCACACUGGUGACUGACGCCACGUUGGAGCUCAUUUCCCAGCAGUACAACAAGACGCUGACUCAUUUCCUGCUCCUGAGGGAUGACCCCGACUUCCCUGACCUCAGCAUCAAUCGGAACGAAGACCCGUUGGUCCUCUUGGCAUGGAGAUGUACUCAGCUGGCUGUACUGGUGAUACAUGGUUACACCGUUUGGGCCCAUAAUUUGGUGGCCAUCUCUCGGCUGCGUGGCUCCAACCUUCGCGUCCUGACCGUCUCUGAGGAGAGCAUCGACUUUGAUCCGGACCAGGCAGUGUGCAUGGAUGGCGACCCGGUCCAUAACCUGGUCAAGGAGGUUUCUCUGGGCCUCGCCCGUGUCUGGCACCCUUGCCUGGAUUCCAGCCUGGUUUUGUCCGAACCCACCCAUCACUUCCACCACGAGCUGCACGCCUUCAGCAUGGGCAUGUAGGCAGGGAUGGCAAGUCCAACACAUCACAGCCUAAACUGUGUCAAGACCAGUCCAGACCAACAAAGUCCAAGUCAACUCAGACCUCUAAACCAGGCCAAAGCAGACCUAAGUGAGAAAUCUAAACUGGAUCUUAAAACAAUCUGAGUAUCAUUUAUGUGAGCUGAUUGUUUUUAUUUUUACUUUAAUUUUUUGUUUCUUUCACGGGGGUUUUAGCACACAAUCAAGUCCUACCAUUUUCCAAAUGAUUCCCUGUUUUGCCUCCUGAUUAUCUAGUUAGCCAGUGUCUAAAAUCUUUGAUGUUUUAAAUAGAUUUUCCAAUUUAAGAAUAUCCCUUUUAAAACUGGAUAUUCAUUCAGUUAGAAGUCAUACCACUCUGUGGUCCCAGACCACAGACAAGACUUGAGUCAUGAAUCAUUUUUUUAUUUGUCUGCCAAAAUGGGUCACUCGUACUCGUGCUGCUUCAAAUGCCCUCUUGUCUGGCAUCGCCCAGUCUGGUCUGGUCUUGAUCGAAAAUUCGUCAGAGCUUGAUGUCUCCCCUUCACCGUAAUAACCUCCAGAGCCUCUGUAUGAUGUAACUUUGAUUUCUUUGACUGUUCAUCUCUCCCUGCUCUGUGUAUAAUCUUGUUUUCCUGUGUGGUGGUUCCCUUGCCUGUAUAGGC